AUGGGUGUCUCGGGAUUACGAUCAGGGCGCCGGUUAGACUUUUGGAGCGAUGCUAGAAGCCCAGGGUCACCUGCAAUAGUCCGCGUACCGCCGAGUCGACGGUCUGAGACGUGGAAACAGCUGGUAUUGCGUGGAAUGCUUCCUGAAGUGACCAUCGCUGACGUACAGAGAGCCAUUGAACUCGAGCCAGUCUCACUGGACCAGGACUUACACACUCAAGCUGCAAGACUACUGCCACUGUGUGUAAACCUACAGAUAACGGGUGUCAGCAGACGUUCCAGAAAACCUGGGUUUUUCCUCAGCGCUGGAAUGCAUGCUCGGGAGUGGAUAGCACCUGCAACUCUCAUCUACAUAGCCGGUCAGCUAAUUGAGCAAUACGGAAAUAAUACAGCUGUAACACAGCUGGUGGACUCCAUGGAAUGGGUGAUACUUCCGGUAUUUAACGUGGAUGGCUACACCUACACCUGGACAACGGAUCGACUGUGGAGGAAAACCCGAUCACGACAAAAUAACGAAACCUGUGUCGGCGUGGAUCCUAACAGGAACUGGGACUGGAAAUGGUGCGAAAAAGGUGCAUCCAAAGAUCCUUGCUCGCCCAUAUAUUGUGGACCAAGUGUCACGUCAGAGCCAGAGGUAAAAGGUGUGGCAGACUUCCUGGCUGCGGUCCCUGGGCGGUUUAAAGCCUAUGUUGAUUUCCAUGGUUUCCUGCAGAUCUGGUUAAGCCCGUGGGGUCACUCACGAGCAUUUCCACGGUGGUUCAUUUUCCAGAGAUUAUGUUCUAAUGAGGCGGUAAGAGCCAUAACAGCUGUACACGGGACAAAGUAUCGCCAAGGAACAACCGCACUCACACUGUAUGUUAUCAGUGGUGCAGGAAUGGACUGGGCAUACGGUGUGGCGAAAAUUCCCUAUGCAGUCACAGUUGAACUUCGAGACACUGGAAAAUAUGGCUUUCUUCUACCGGCCAACCAGAUCAUUCCUUCAGGGGAGGAAACUCUACAGGGAAUAAUAGCAAUGGCGAGAUAUGUCAUAAGAUAUUCGUAGUAUGCAAAUUGUUGACAUUUCCUGCCAGGAGGAGAGCGUCAGAUCAAACUUGACGAUGUGCAAUCUGGACAAUGACCAUUACGGUUGUGAAUCAUUUAUAAAACGACAUCAUCGAAAG